AUGGCUCAGAAUAUAAAUCCGUUUUACUCCUCUCCAAGUGCUAACAGCAAAGCUACCGAGGAAAAGCAAAAUAUACCAAAAGAUAAUCACGCUGUUAGUAAACGUUUACAAAAAGAACUGAUGGGCUUGAUGAUGAAUAUGGAGAAAGGUGUGUCUGCGUUUCCUGAUGGUGAAAAUUUAUUCAAGUGGAUUGGAACAAUUAAUGGACCUAAAGAUACGGUAUACUCUGACUUGACGUAUAAAUUGACAUUGGAGUUCCCACACAGUUAUCCAUACAGCGCACCUGUUGUACGUUUUAUAACCCCUUGUUUCCAUCCUAACGUCGAUCAUCUUGGAAAUAUAUGUCUGGACAUACUCAAAGACAAAUGGUCUGCUCUCUACGAUGUUCGCACUAUUUUACUAUCAAUCCAAUCACUUCUGGGAGAACCUAACAAUGACAGCCCGUUAAAUGUACAAGCAGCAGAGCUUUGGAGCGACCAAACAAAAUUCAAAAAACAUUUAAUGGAGGAGUAUCACAAAGAAGCUGAGCGCAGCUCACGGGAUUCAUGA